AUGGCUCCCUUCGCCGAACUCACAAGCCUUCACAAACGCUCCUCAUCCUGCUCCUACUACGAUGCAACAUGCAAUAUGGAUCGCACCCCCGUCAUAGUCAUAUUACUCAUCACCGGCAUCAUUGCUAGCCUGCUCAUCAGCUGCUUCUAUGUGCGCUCCCGUAGGUGGAGGGCUGCGAAGGAAAGAGAAAAUAGGAGGAGGCUAGAACAGAUCAAGAUGACUGGCUCGUCAUGGCCGUCGUACGAGGCGCCACCCCCAUAUAUGCCCAGAGUUCCGGAGAGGGUUGCGAAGGGGAGAGGGGAAAGGAUAUGA